AUGGUGGCUGUGUCUUUACUCGUGGGUGUUGGCAAAUGGGUUGCCACAUUUGCGGUGAAAGCAGCCUGGAAAUCUCUUUCACAGCAUGAUGCUGCACAUACCACUGAGCUGCUGCAUAGUAUCAGUGCCGGGCAACACGAAGUAGCCCGACAGAUUGAAAAUUUAUCUAUCAAGGUCGAGAUUUUGGACUCUAUGAGACGCAUUCUAUAUUGGUCAAAGCGUAUGGAUGAGGUUAUGGAUGAUUUCAAGAAACUCAAUGGUGGACAAAUCAAUGAGACUGAUUUGGCCUAUGUUGAACUUGUCUCUGCACUUCGAGACGAAAACCAUGGUAUUCGCUAUAGCACCUUCUCCAUCUAUAAUACGAUUAUGGGGUUACCUGGUCAGGAUGCUGGCGCGAUAUACGUCUGGCAUAAACAGGCAAUGUCAAAGUUGGGCGAUGAAAAAAACCUCUACUAUCACAUGUCUGAUUAUGUGAAAGAAAUGGACGAUCAUUUAGGCCCGAUUUCCUAUCUUCUUCGUCAAGGGCUUGUAUUAACCGAGACUGACGCAGAACGUCUACAUAAAGAAUGCCAGGACCAAGUAACGACGAUUUCCAACACGCUAUUGAAGCUCUACCCGCCUGGCCUUCGCUUCCUCAAGCCCGCCCUCGAAGAUACCGGUAAUCAGGAUGGCAGUCAGUGGUUGAAGUGGCAACAAGCGGAUAAUAGCAAUCACCAUCUCGUCAUGCACAACUUUUACAUUCCAGUCCUUAGCAGCGACAGAAAGCCGAUACAAACCAAGAAGCCAGAGGCCUGGGAAUUUGCCCUCCAGCAAAAUGAACAGCCCCUCGGUGCAAUGCAGUUCUUAUCGGCUUGGGAGAAUAGAGGCAACAAGCGACUACGGUACAGCAAGAUGUACCAGCAAGGAUGGAGUAUUAACUUUUCUACCAGCAAAAACAGCGACACGAGUGCAAUUUUAUUCAAGCUCAUACCACUUGAAGGUGAAAGGCCUGAAUUCCGUUUUGUCCCAUAUCUUGAGGGUUCAAUGGGAAUUGUGAGCGACAAGACUCGCACCUUUGACAAGAAGUUUGUACCUGUUGUUGCCAAGUAA